AUGGAAGAACAGCAGCCGGAACCUAAAAGUCAGCGCGACUCGGGCCUCGGCGCGGCGGCGGCAGUGGCGGCGGCGGCGGCCCCCGGCAGCCUCAGCCUGAGCCUCAGCCCCGGCGCCAGCGGCAGCAGCGGCAGCGAUGGAGACAGCGUGCCGGUGUCUCCGCAGCCCGCGCCCCCCUCGCCGCCCGCGGCGCCCUGCCUGCCGCCCCUGGCCCACCACCCGCAUCUUCCCCCGCAACCCCCGCCCCCGCCGCCGCCGCAGCAGCAUCUCGCGGCGCCUGCUCACCAGCCGCAGCCCGCGGCCCAGCUGCACCGCACCACCAACUUUUUCAUCGACAACAUCCUGAGGCCGGACUUCGGCUGCAAAAAGGAGCAGCCGCCGCCGCAGCUCCUGGUGGCGGCGGCGGCGGCGGCCGGAGGCGGCGCAGGAGGAGGUAGGGUCGAGCGUGACAGAGGCCAGACCGGCGCAGGUAGAGAACCUGUCCACCCGCUGGGCACGAGGGCGCCAGGCGCCGCCUCACUCCUGUGCGCCCCGGACGCGAACUGUGGCCCACCCGACGGUUCCCCGCCAGACACCGCCGGCGGAGCGAGUGCGUCCAAAGCUGGGAACCCGGCAGCGGCGGCGGCGGCGGCGGCGGCGGCGGCCGUGGCAGCGGCGGCGGCAGCAGCGGCGGCCAAACCUUCGGACAGCGGCGGUGGCAGUGGAGGCGGCGUGGGGAGCCCGGGAGCGCAGGGUGCUAAGUACCCGGAGCACAGCAACCCGGCCAUCCUGCUAAUGGGCUCAGCCAACGGCGGGCCCGUAGUCAAAACUGACUCGCAGCAGCCCCUUGUGUGGCCCGCCUGGGUCUACUGCACGCGCUACUCGGAUCGUCCAUCCUCCGGUCCGCGCACCAGAAAGCUAAAGAAGAAGAAGAACGAGAAGGAGGACAAGCGGCCGCGGACGGCGUUCACGGCCGAGCAGCUGCAGAGACUCAAGGCGGAGUUCCAGGCAAACCGCUACAUCACCGAGCAGCGGCGGCAGACCCUGGCCCAGGAGCUCAGCCUCAACGAGUCGCAAAUCAAGAUCUGGUUCCAGAACAAGCGCGCCAAGAUCAAGAAAGCCACGGGCAUCAAGAACGGCCUGGCGCUGCACCUCAUGGCGCAGGGACUAUACAACCACUCAACCACUACGGUCCAGGACAAAGACGAGAGCGAGUAG